UCAUCUUAAUUGUGUGCAAACACCGCUCUGCAUUAACUAACCCUAUAAAAACUCUGCCCCUUUCAGAAAUCAUGAAACUGCAUUGAAUAAUCCGCCAUUUUCAUCUUCAAUCUGAGAGCUAAAGCACAAUUCUAUCCUGAAAGCAGAAUCAAAUUUCUGAAAAUGCUUACAGCAGGAGCAACAUUGUCGAAACCAAUUUGUUUUUCAUCACUGAUGCCUGCUAAAACCUGCAACUCAAAACCCAGUUGUUUUUUGUCGGUAAAAAUUUUGAACCCACUUGUGUUUUCCUGCAAGAGUCGAUCUUGCUCGCAAUUUUCAACAAUUCCUCCUAAAAUGGCACGAACUUACUUCUCUGUAAAUGCUUCUUCUUCAGUUGGAAGUGCAGAGUGCACUGAGGAACCUGUAACCAAGGUAAAAUUUCAGACAUCAUUGAGUUUGCCAGGUUUCUCAUGUCCAUUGUCUUUGCUUGGAACAGGAUACAGGGAGAAGGUUUUUGCUAUUAUUGGAGUUAAGGUCUAUGCUGUAGGACUAUAUAUCAAUCAAUCUAUCUUAGAUAAAUUGACAGCAUGGAAAGGACGACCAGCAGCUCAGAUUCUGGAGGAUUCCUCUUUGUUUGACUCAGUUUUUCAGGUUCCUUCGGAGAAAUCAUUACAGAUUGUUCUGGUCAGAGAUAUUGAUGGAAAAACUUUCUGGGAUGCUCUGGAUGAAGCCAUCUCCCCAAGAAUCAAAGCACCUACUGGAGUUGAUAAAACUGCACUGUCCACAUUUCGUAGCAUCUUCCAAGCACGGCCUCUUAAGAAAGGAACUUUCAUCUUUUUAACAUGGCUGAACCCGUCCGAGACGCAUGUUUGCAUCUCAUCAGAUGGAUUGCCUUCUGCUGUGGAUGCUACAAUUCAGUCUGAAAAUGUCACUUCUGCACUUUAUGAUGUCUUUUUUGGAGGUGCUUCAGUUAGCCCUUCACUAAAAGCCUCAGUUGCCACUGGGCUGGCCAAAACCCUCAAGUGAAGUCAGUUUCUCCAAAUUUUUGUACCUAUUUAUUUAAAUGUUCAGUAAAUGAUGUGGGUGGUUCUACAUGUACUCUCUUGAUACUGAUCUGGUGUAAAUUUUGUUCUUUUUGCAAUGAGCUACUACUUUGAAGGUGGUUAGAUAAUUCCAAAAAGAAACCAUGUUUCUCAACCAA